ACUGAUCAGCGCUCUUACAGUAAAUAUUUGUGUUUGCUCAACCGGUUGUAAUGGUGGAUGACUGAGACAGAAAAGAGAGGACUAAAACCACGAAAACGAAGUCCAGACACAACACUACGAGCCGUGAGUAGGAAUAAAGCAUUGUCGCAAAAUGGAGGAACUCAAACACCAAGUAAUGAUAAACCAGUUCGUCUUGACAGCAGGUUGUGCGGCAGAUCAGGCGAAGCAGCUUUUGCAAGCGGCACAUUGGCAAUUUGAGACUGCCCUCAGUGCCUUUUUUCAAGAAACGAAUAUUCCAUACGGUCACCAUCAUCAGAUGAUGUGCACCCCAGCCAACACACCGGCCACCCCGCCCAACUUCCCUGAUGCACUCACCAUGUUCUCCCGUCUCAAGGCCUCAGAGAGCUUUACCUCCAGCAGCCCCAUGGCCUCCAUGGCCACCUCUCCCCCUCCUCCACACGGUUGCUGGGGCGUGCCCCCACUCCCCAUGCCCAUGAGUGGCCCACAGGGUCAGGGACUCUGGACUCAGGGGCAGCCCCCUUCGCAGCCCCCCUCCAACCCCGCAGCCUGGCCCACGGGGGUCACCGUUAACCCCCACCAGCACCCAGCCACCGAACAGAAGGCGAGUGUGGCCAUGGAGGCCGAGAGAUGAGGGGCCAGGACUAGACGGCCCUGGGAG